UGAUACACACGUGCUGUAAAAACCUAUAUAAAUAAUAAUAAAUAAAUAAAUAUGGUUAUAGUACAAGUUAAGCAGGGUCGCUUAGAAGGGGAGAAAUUAAAAAAUGUGACUGAAGAUGGAUUUUAUUAUAGCUUCAAAGGUAUACCGUACGCCGCACCUCCGUUAGGAAAGCUGAGAUUUAAGGAACCGCAGCCGCCGCUCCCGUGGGAAGGUGUAAGAAAAGCAACAGAACAUGGACCAAUAUGUCCUCAACUAGACAUAUUUACAAACAAAAAACUAUCUGGGAGUGAAGACUGUCUAUUCCUCAACGUAUAUUCUCCAGAUAUCAAACCAUCUAAGCCAUUACCUGUUAUGUUAUUCAUCCACGGAGGCGGUCUUAAAAGCGGAUCUGGAAACGAUGACCAGUACGGACCAGAUUUCCUCGUCCAACAAGGCGUCGUGUUAGUCACCAUCAAUUAUAGAUUAGAAGCUCUUGGAUUUCUAUGUUUGGCUACGAAGGACGUCCCUGGUAAUGCAGGCUUCAAGGAUCAAGUUGCUGCUUUGAAGUGGGUCAAUGAAAAUAUAUCGCAAUUUGGUGGUGAUCCUCACAACAUUACAAUAUUUGGCGAAAGCGCUGGAGGAUUGUCCACUGCUUUACAUGUUCUAUCGCCAUUAUCAAAAGGUUUAUUUCAAAGAGCUAUCGUAAUGAGUGGAUCACCAUUCUGUGAAUGGGCCCUCCCAUUUGAAAACAGAAGAAGAGCAUUUGUACUUGGAAAAGAAUUAGGCUUAGAAACGGAGGAUCCUGAAGAGCUUUUAGAAUUUCUACAAAAUGUUCCCGUCGAGAAGCUCGUGCAUACGAGUCCUAUUGUUUUUGGUCUUGAGGAAGUUUAUGGAAAUUAUCUAAAACACUACCAUUUCACAGCGGUUGUAGAAAAGAAUUUUGGACAUAACGCGUUUUUACCGAAAGAACCCGAGGAAAUAUUGAAAAGCGGUAAUAUCAAUGACGUUGAAGUGAUGAUUGGCUACACAAGUGAAGAAUGCAUCAUUGGUUUAUUGGACAAGAACGUUAUAACAACAUAUUUUAAAUAUGAUGACAUAUUCGUCCCAAAACAAAUAUUAUGUACUGCUACACCAAAAACUAUUUUAAAAACGGCGGACACUAUUAAAAAGCACUAUUUGAGUAAAAGUCUGGAUAAAAAUGUACGAACAAAUGAAAUUAUUCGGUAUUGGUCUGAAUGUACCUUUGUGUACCCAAUUAUGAAGUUCUUAGAACUCUUAUCAGAUACAGGGAAAUGCAAAACUUAUUUGUAUAGAUUUUCAACAAUAUCAGAGAGAAAUGUUAUAGGAAACAUGGGAAAGGAGUUCGAAGUCACCGGCGCAGCUCAUCUUGAUGAUUUAAUGUAUUUGUUUAAUCCAAAAUUAUGGAAUCUUCCAACUGACAAAAAUGCUGAAAGUUUCAAAUUGGUUCAACAAUUUUGUCGCCUGGUCACAAAUUUUGCUAAAUAUGGGAAUCCUACUCCAGAUUCAUCACUGGGUGCGACUUGGCAGGAAUAUGAUAAGAAAAACAAAGCAUACAUGGAUAUUGGUCAACAUUUAGUACCAGGAAGCAAUCUAAAUGAAGAUGUUUUCGAAUUCUGGGAAGGGAUUUUUAUGUCAUCUGGAAGUCCCUUGUAUUUACAAUGAUAACUUAUAAGGACAUAAUAACGUUAGAGAUGAAGAAAGACAUAGAAGUGAAUGCAAAAAACAUUUUAUUAGGUAUCUGUAUUGAUGCGAAUCAAAAUUAUACAGGGUGUCCCACUGUUGUUAUACUAAGCUCAAAGGAGAUUAUAGUUUUGCAUGCGCUGAGUUCGUAAAAAAUACCUGCUAAUAAAAUUCCAGACGCAUUUUUUUUUUUCAAACAGAUGAAUUCUUAAAACACUAUGUGCACAGUGUACUCCCAUAACAAGCAACCCGCGGUUAUGCCGGCUGCGCGAAGCUAGAGAAGAAAACAUGGAUUUUCAGGAAAAAUUUAGGUAAAAAUUUUUGACGUUAUUUUGUUGUGUGUAUUUUGUAAGUAUUUUUUACGUGAUCAGCAGAUAUGCAAAACUAUAAGUCCCUUCGCGCUUAGUAUACCAAUAGUGGGACACUCUGUAUAGUGAGCGAAAGCAGAAGAUAGACUUUGUCAGCUGUUACACAACUAAUUGUAUUUUUAUUUGUUAUGUAUUUUAUAUGAGAAUUAAAAGCUAUUUAA